GCUCUCUCUGUUCCCUUCAUCAGUUUACUUUUAUGGACGAGGUCCUCAUGUAGAUAGAUUUUGACUUUGUUUAAAACCGGAAGAAGAAGAAGAAGAAGAGAACACUACAAUCUUGCACAGAUCAAACACGCAGAUCUUUGCUUUCGCUUUCUCCUGGCUAGCUGGGAGGAAAAUAUAAUCUUCCUUAAAAGAAAAUUCGAGGGAAAAAAAAGAGCCAUUCUUUGGAUUCAACUCAAUUAUGGUUUGCGAAAUGAUAUCAAAAUGGUGAAUAGAAGUGAUUUGGUAGUGAUUGGCAUUUCGGUUGGGCUUGCACUUGGUCUCUUGCUAGCUCUUCUUUUAUUCUUCGCCAUAAAAUGGUACAAUGAUCGCUCUCACCUAAGGCGAUGCGCUAAUGAGCAGAACAUCCCGACUCUACCCGUUCACACUCCUAAAAGAGGCGUAGUAAUCCCUGAUGAUAGCUCAAACACAGCAUCGUUGCAGCCACCUGAGAGUGAAGCACCAACUCAACAUCAGCCAUGGUGGAACAACCAUAACAAAGAUCUCACUGUAUCUGCAUCCGGCAUACCUAAAUACCACUACAAGGAUAUUCAGAAGGCAACACAAAAUUUCACAACCAUUCUUGGACAAGGAUCUUUUGGACCUGUGUACAAAGCGAUAAUGCCCAAUGGAGGUUUAGCUGCGGCAAAGGUUCAUGCCUCUAAUUCAAGUCAAGGGGAUAGAGAGUUUCAAACCGAGGUAUCCUUACUUGGGAGGCUGCAUCACCGGAAUCUUGUGAACUUGGUAGGAUACUGUGUCGACAAAAGUCACCGGAUGUUAAUCUAUGAGUUCAUGAGUAAUGGAAGCUUGGAGAAUCGUUUGUAUGGCGGUGAAGAAACGCAAGUCUUGAACUGGGAAGAGCGGCUUCAAAUUGCUCUUGACAUCUCCCACGGCAUUGAAUACCUUCACGAAGGGGCCGUGCCUCCGGUUAUUCACCGUGAUCUUAAGUCAGCAAACAUAUUGUUAGAUCACUCCAUGAGAGCUAAAGUUGCUGAUUUCGGGUUGUCCAAAGAGAUGGUUUUUGAUAGAAUGAAUUCAGGAUUGAAAGGCACUCACGGAUACAUGGAUCCAACAUACAUUUCGACUAACAAAUACACGAUGAAGAGUGACAUUUACAGUUUUGGUGUCAUCAUCCUUGAGCUCAUCACUGCAAUCCACCCUCAACAGAAUCUGAUGGAAUACAUUAACCUGGCUUCGAUGAGUCCAGAUGGUAUCGACGAGAUAGUCGAUCAGAAACUAGAAGGCAAUGCAAGCAUUGAAGAAGUGAGGUUAAUGGCAAAGAUUGCAAACAGGUGUGUGCAUAAGACACCAAGAAAAAGACCAUCCAUUGGUGAAGUCACACAGUUCAUACUAAAGAUCAAACAAGGUCGGUCUCGAGGAAGAAGACAGGACACAAUGUCUUCAUCGUUUGGUGUUAUAGAUGGAGAAGAUAUGUCAAGGGUUAUAAGCAGGAUUAAGGAUCAGCAUGUUGAGUUAGGGUUAUUGGCUGGUGUUAAAGAAGAGGAUCAUCAAGAGAGGAGGAAUACAACAACACUGUAACUCUCUACUCUUUUAGGAGGACGUCUUUUUGUACAUAUAUUACCACAUGAGUCUCUUUCUACCUUUUCUGCAAAAAGAGAGUUUUUGCUUGCUGACCCAAAAAAAAAAACAAACAAACAAACAAUGAGAGGUUCUGUUUCAAAAAAACUCUCAACUAAAUAUAUAUAUUCUUAAUUCAUUUUGAGUUAGCUUU